AUGGAGGAGCUUUCUUACUUGAUGUCAUCACUCGCCCAAGCUUGCAAAGACCGAUGUGUUGUAGAUGUGAGAGAACACCUCAUGAUCCUCACAUUCAACAUACAAACUCGGAUCCUCACGAGCAAGAGGUUUUUUGGUGAGAACUUGAGUGACAACGAGCUAGCAGAGGCCAGAGAACUCCUGGCAGCAGGAACAGACACAAGCACAUGCAGAGUGGAGUGGGCUUUGCUAGAACUUCUCAACAAUCCAGAUGUCAUGAGGAAAGGACAAGAGGAACUUGAUGUUGUCAUAGGCGGAGAUGGCAUGGUUUUAAAGCUGACAUAUCUUGAGACCAUCGUCAAGGAAACUUUCAGGAUCAAAGGUGCCACCACCAUUGUCAUCUUUUACUCCGUUGGCAGAGAUCCAAAGUUUGGGACAAAGUUUUGGUCCGAGAGGUUUCUGGGGUUGGCAAUCGACGUGAAAGGCCAGGACUUUGAGCUGAUUCCGUUUGGAGCUGGGAGACGAAUAUGCCCAGGCAUGUCACUCGGCCUCAAAACUAUUUAUCUCACUCUUGGAAACUUGCUCCACGACUUUAAUCCUGAUCCGUUAUUACCAGUCCAGCGACUGGUUUUUGGUUCCAGGCCAUUUAUACUGGUUGGGCAGUAUGCGUGCUACAACUUCAAGGGGCUGGGAUCAGCUAUUCGAGAACGGCCAAAGAGGGGAGAGAUGAAGAAAUUGGCAUGA